AUGGGAAGUCACUACUCCUUUAAUGGCAGCAGCUGGUCUAAGUCUGAUAAUCAUCUUCAUGUGGAUAAACGAGGAGAUUCUUCAUCGCUUUUCGCUCCCCAUCUUCCAAUAGAUUCAAGUGCAAGUGUAUUCUAUAAUUCCUUGGAUUGGCAGCAAAACAACUUUGAUGAGUUUCCCAUCCAGGAGAGCUUUGACAAUGCUGGUGUUCCAUUGAUGAGCAGCUUCUGUUUAUAUGCUCCUUUGGACAUCCAACAAAGUUCAACUCAAGAGGAUCAGCUUCUCGGAUAUGAAAAUGGCAAUGGAUUUUGGAAUGAAGUAGGAGCAUUGUUUGAACCCAAAAAUCAAAAGGUUUUGAAGGUUAACAAUGGAGAAGAAGGAUUAGCGAAGGAAAACAAAGCUAAAAGGGAAAAGAAAUGCAACCCUAACGCUAAAAUGCCGUCAAAGGAAGUAAUCUCCCAAUACUUUUACAUGCCUAUAACACAAGCGGCCAAAGAGCUCAACGUAGGGCUGACAUUGUUGAAGAAAAGGUGUAGGGAACUCGGAAUCCGCCGGUGGCCGCACCGGAAACUUAUGAGCCUCAAAACCCUUAUCAACAACAUUCAGGUGUUGCAGACGGAGGAGGGUGAGGGAAGCGACAGGAAGCUGAGGGAGGCGAUGGAGGUUUUAGGGAGGGAGAGGAAGAUGUUGGAAUCGAUGCCGGACAUGAAGUUGGAAGACAAGACUAAGAGGCUUAGACAAGCGUGUUUCAAGGCGAAUUACAAGAAGAGGAAGCUGAUGAUGGAGCAGCAGUCGCCGCCAUUAGUGUCAUCUUCUGAUACUACUGCUAGUAGCCAACCUUAUGACAUGGGAAAUGAAGAAUAUGAUGAUGAAAUGAAAGCUCUUUUAUCUGACUUUUUUCAUCGACCGACAUCAUCAUCUAAUGCUGAGUUUGCCUGUUUUCAUUACACAAAUACUAUGAAUAUUGAUCCUUUUGAUCUUUUUGUCUUAUUUUGUCCUACAGAGGAGGGUGAGGGGAGCGAAAGGAAGCUGAGGGAGGCAAUGGAGGUUUUGGGGAGGGAGAUGAAGAUGUUGGAAUCGAUGUCGGACAUGGAGUUGGAAGAUAAGACUAAGAGACUUAGAAAAGCGUGUUUCAAGGCAAAUUACAAGAAGAGGAAGCUGAUGACGGAGCAACAGUCGCCUCCAUGA